AUGAACCCUCCAUUCUAUAACACUAAUCAAUGGCUAGAAUCAGAUAUUACAGACGUAACAAAUCCACUAUUCUCUUUAGCAAAAACCUCUCGACUCUUAAAAUUCAUAAUUACUCAGUAUGAUAGAGAAUCCAAAGUAGACCAGAUUCCCUGUAACGAAUUUUACAAGUUAUUCGCACGUCUACAAAAUAUUAUUAAAGAUAAAUCAGUCGAAAAUCAUUUCACCUAUUCGUCAUCAAAAAGUAAUAAAUCUGCAACCCCAAAUAAUGCUUGUAUCAAUUAUCAUAAAGGAUACAGGUUAAUGGAAGGUUUAGUUGAAAAUAUGAUAUUAAUACUUUAUCACACACCAAAAGAUUCUCCAACUACGCCACCAGAGAAUUGUACUCGGGACAUUUACCACCUUUACAAAGAUUGGCAAGGUUUAGAAAAGAUCAGCAUAAAUGACCCUAUCCUUUCAUAUGAUACCUUAGAUCCAAUGCAAAUUCAAGUUGUUUAUAAAAACUUGAAAGAUGUAAUUGAUUAUUUGGUACAAUCAAUUCACGGAAAUAAUGAAGCAACAAAAUAUCUUGAAACAAAAUUGGUAUAUUACUUGGAUAGAUAUGAUCAAAUUUUAAAUCCAUGGUGA